GUUUUACACCUUUCACACACACCAGUGAUGACAAACAGCAACGAAGAGCUCGACGAGGGGCUCGCGCGGCUCUUUGGGCCAGCGCGGCGCAAGAGGAAGCGGGGGCGCGAGAUAUCGGAAGCGGAGGCGGUCGCGAUGAUCAAGAAGAGCGUCCGAGACGCGCCCAACCAAGCGCUAGCAGUGCGGCGCGCCCUCGCGUCCAUUCUUGCAGCGCUGCAGAGCGUUGCGCCGCCAAUGCAUCACGUCAUUGCCGUUCUCUCGAGCCUCUUUUCCCGCUCCAAAGUGUUUCGCGACGAAUUCGUUCGAGCGAUGUACCCCAUCUUCUCCCUCUGGGCGUCCAAGCGACUGUACUCGGUGGAGCUCCUCGAGCUGCUAGAGCACUGGGAUGCGCAGUAUCGAUCAACAUACCCCCAGCUUCAUGCAGCGAUCGAGGCAAUACCGCCCAAGUUCAAAGGUCUUCUACACGACCACCGAGCAAAGGCACGCGCAGCGACUGAGGACGCUGCAGCGACGACCCGCAUGACUGAGAUUCAGUACACGCACGUAUGCUCCGAAUUGGGAGAUGCGGAAACAGCCAUCGGUCUUGUAUUGCAAGAGAUGGAAGCGGGCCUUGCCAUACUCGUGCCAACGGUCGAAGACAAGUUUGAGGCGCUCCUGCCGACGCUACCACCCGUGACCGAGGUCCUUCACAGCGACGACAACGAUGACGAAGAGUGGGAAGACGUUGUGCCGUCAUCCGUUGUUGCGCACACCUCUGCGGCGCACUUGACGCUCGCGGACGUUAUUGCUCAGUGCGGUCUCGGUAGCGCCGCGUACUCGCUUACAAUUACGGUGCCUGCCCUACACGCACCAGCGCCGUCACUCGAGCACGUACAGACUGCCGUCAAAGAGGGCGCCCUCCAUCUUCGCAAAAGGUAUUUACCACUGCUUCGGCAAUGGGAGACAACAGUCAACGCACAUGCGUUCUCGUCGCCUGACGUUCGUCGACGUCUUCAGAAACUCCACGACAACGUUCGAUCGACCCUCCUCAAGUGGGACGAGCUUCGUGAAAUGAUCUCUCUGAAUACAAACUCGGUCUAGUUUUACUGAUGUGCAAUUAUAAAGUCGUA